CCCCGCCUCCCCGGGCCCCUCCCCAGGCGCCUCCCCCGGCCCCGCCUCGCCCCCGCCCCCGGAGCCAUGGCCCGGGCAGCGUCUCCGGGAGGAGGAACAAGUGUGGGGACGAGCGGUGCCGCGAGUGACAGGAUGCCGGCCCCCUGAGCCCCGACGCCGCGGCCCCCAGCCCGCACGGCGCCCGCACCGCGCCCCGGAUCUCCGCGCCCGUCCCCGGACUGCGCCCCGGCUCCCCGGACUGCGCCUCGGAUAUUCGCGCCCGGCUCCCCGGACUACGCCUCGGGUCCCCGCGCCGGGUCCCCGGUUUCCGGACUGCGCCCCGGACCCCUGCUCCCGGAUCCCCAGGCUGCGCCCCGGAUCCCUGCGCCUCGGAUCCCUAAGCCCCGGGAUCCCCAAGCUGCGCUCCGGAUCCCCAGGCUGCGUCCCGGAUCCCCAGGCUGCGCUCCAGAGCACCGGCUGCGCCCCGGUCCCCGCGCCCCGGUCCCCGCGCCCCGGUCCCCGCGCCCGGAGGAUGGAGAACAGGCGGCCGCUGCCCCGCGCCGCGCUCGCCCUCGUCCUCGCCCUCGGCCUCGGCCUGGCCGCUGCCUUCCGCAACGAUAAAUGCGGUGACACUAUCAAAAUUGAAAACCCAGGCUACCUGACCUCUCCCGGCUACCCACAUUCCUACCACCCAAGUGAGAAGUGCGAGUGGCUGAUUCAGGCCCCAGACCCCUACCAGCGAAUCAUGAUCAACUUCAACCCUCACUUCGACUUGGAGGACCGAGACUGCAAGUAUGACUACGUGGAGGUCAUCGACGGGAAAAAUGAGAACGGGCGCCUUUGGGGCAAGUUCUGUGGCAAGAUUGCCCCUUCUCCUGUGGUGUCUUCCGGCCCGUUUCUCUUCAUCAAGUUUGUCUCCGACUACGAGACUCAUGGUGCAGGCUUCUCCCUCCGCUAUGAGAUCUUCAAGAGAGGUCCUGAGUGUUCUGAGAACUACACCACACCCACGGGGAUAAUAAAGUCUCCUGGCUUCCCUGAGAAGUACCCUAACAGCCUCGAAUGUACCUACAUUAUCUUCGCACACAAGAUGUCAGAGAUUAUCCUGGAAUUUGAAAGCUUUGACCUGGAACCUGACUCAAAUCCUCCAGGAGGAAUGUUCUGUCGCUACGACCGGCUAGAAAUCUGGGAUGGAUUCCCUGAUGUGGGCCCUCACAUCGGGCGGUACUGUGGCCAGAAGACCCCGGGCCGGAUCCGCUCCUCGUCUGGCAUCCUGUCCAUGGUCUUUUACACCGACAGUGCCAUCGCCAAAGAGGGUUUCUCAGCCAACUACAGCACCCUGCAGAGCAGCGUCUCGGAAGAUUUCAAAUGCAUGGAAGCUCUGGGCAUGGAGUCAGGAGAGAUUCAUUCUGAUCAGAUCACAGCCUCUUCCCAGUACAGCACCAACUGGUCUGCCGAACGCUCCCGGCUCAACUACCCCGAGAAUGGGUGGACUCCCGGGGAUGAUUCCUAUCGAGAGUGGAUACAGGUCGACUUGGGUCUCCUGCGCUUUGUCACCGCUGUCGGAACACAGGGAGCCAUUUCGAAGGAAACCAAGAAGAAGUACUUUGUCAAGACCUAUAGGAUCGACGUCAGCUCCAACGGGGAAGACUGGAUCACCAUCAGAGAAGGAAAUAAGCCCGUUGUCUUUCAGGGAAACACCAACCCUACAGAUGUGGUGUUUGGAGUGUUCCCCAAACCACUGAUAACUCGAUUUGUCCGAAUCAAACCAGCAACUUGGGAAACUGGCAUCUCUAUGAGGUUUGAAGUCUACGGUUGCAAGCUAACAGAUUAUCCUUGCUCUGGAAUGCUGGGCAUGGUGUCUGGACUCAUUUCAGACUCGCAGAUCACGGCGUCAAACCAGGCAGACAGGAACUGGAUGCCAGAGAACACUCGCCUGGUGACCAGCCGCUCCGGCUGGGCCUUGCCCCCCGCGCCCCACCCCUACAGUAAUGAGUGGCUGCAGGUGGACCUGGGGGAGGUGAAGCUCGUGCGGGGCCUCAUCAUCCAGGGCGGGAAGCACAGGGAGAACAAGGUCUUCAUGCGCAAGUUCAAGAUCGGGCACAGCAACAACGGCUCGGACUGGAAGAUGAUCAUGGAUGACAGCAGGCGCAAAGCCAAGUCUUUCGAAGGCAACAACAACUACGACACCCCUGAGCUGAGGACCUUCACGCCCCUUUCUACGCGGUUCAUUAGGAUCUACCCGGAGAGAGCUACUCACGGUGGCCUGGGGCUCAGGCUGGAGCUGCUGGGCUGUGACGUGGAAGCGCCUACUGCUGGCCCGACCACUCCCAACGGGAACCCGGUGGACGAGUGUGAUGACGACCAGGCCACCUGCCACAGCGGAACAGGUGACGACUUCCAGCUUACAGGUGGCACCACCAUGCUGACCACAGAAGAGCCCACCGUCAUUGACAGCACGAUGCAAUCAGAGUUCCCAACAUACGGUUUCAACUGUGGGUUUGGCUGGGGCUCCCAUAAGACCUUCUGCCACUGGGAACAUGACAGUCAAGUGCAACUCAAGUGGAGUGUGUUGACCAGCAAGACGGGACCCAUCCAGGACCACACAGGAGACGGCAACUUCAUCUACUCUCAAGCUGAUGCAAACCAGAAAGGCAAAGUGGCCCGGCUGGUGAGCCCUGUGGUCUCCUCACAGAGCUCGGCCCACUGCAUGACCUUCUGGUACCACAUGUCAGGCUCCCACGUGGGCACCCUGAGGGUAAAGCUCCGAUACCAGAGGCCCGAGGAGUAUGACCAGCUGGUCUGGACGGCCGUUGGACACCAAGGAGACCACUGGAAGGAAGGACGCGUCUUACUCCAUAAGUCUCUGAAACUCUACCAGGUGAUCUUCGAGGGUGAAAUCGGAAAGGGGAACCUGGGCGGCAUCGCCGUGGAUGACAUCAGCAUCAACAACCACAUCCCACAGGAGGACUGCGUCAAACCGGCAGACCUGGAUAAAAAGAAUCAGGACAAUAUAAUUGAUGACACAGGGAGCACACCAGGCUACGAGGGCAUGGCGGAAGGCGACGAGAACAUCUCGCGGAAGCCGGGAAACGUGCUGAAGACCCUGGACCCCAUCCUCAUCACCAUCAUCGCCAUGAGUGCCCUGGGCGUGCUGCUGGGGGCCGUGUGCGGCGUGGUGCUGUACUGCGCCUGCUGGCACAGCGGCAUGUCGGAGAGGAACCUGUCCGCCCUGGAGAACUACAACUUUGAACUCGUGGACGGCGUGAAGUUGAAAAAAGACAAACUGAACACACAGAGCACUUACUCCGAGGCAUGAAGGCAGCCGCCUGUGCAAAGACCCAAGGAGGGGGAAGGAAGGAAGGAAGGAAGGAAGGAAGGAAGGAAGGAAGGAAGGAAGGAAGGAAGGAAGGAAGGAAGGGAGGAAGGGGACUUGCUUGGGCAGCUGGGCCUGCUGUGUGGGCUGGGAAGUUUGCAGACGACACUGAGCCAGGCUUUUCUCAGGAGCUUCGAUGAAGUGUAGCCGGCAGACGGGAGCGAGAGGCCGUGUUCACGCUCAGAAUCUCGUAGUCCGCUUUGCCCGAAGCUGUUCCCCUGGCACAGCCAGAGGCCGGGGUUGAGACCCAGUGUGGCUGACUGAACACUUCGACUCCCUCUCCUCCUCCUCCUCCCUUUCUCUCUCUCUCUCUCUCUCCCUCUCUCUUUCUCUCCCUCUCUCUCUCUCUCUUUCUCUCUCCCUCCCUCUCUCUCUUUCCCUCUCUCUCUCUCUUUCUCCCUCCCUCUCUCUCUUUCUCUCCCUUUCUCUUUCUCUCUCUCUCUUUCUCUCUCUAUCUAUCUCUCUCUCCCCCUCUCUCUCCCUCUCUCUCCCUCUCUCUUCUCGUUCAUUCUUGUUUUUUUUUUUGAAACUGUGCAAAAUCCAAGAUGCUGGCACCAAGUGUCUAUUCAGUGAGGCCCCUUUCGACAGACAGGCUGCCUGGAUCCCAGUGCCCGGAACUUCCCAGAGGCAGUGUGGCUCAGCGGCCUCGCCGAGCUGCGCUGCUGUGGACCCGGUGGCCAGGUUCGUGCCCCAGCCAAGGAGGGUUUCCAACGUUUGAGUUUCCAGCCAGCCGCGGGCUCAGCACCCAUCGGCCCUGUUACGAAGCAAUACCGUCCGAUGCCCUCGACGUGUUCCAGUGUCGUGCUGAAACCUCGUGCUUGCGAACUCCAUGCAGAACGCUGCCGGCCACUGGGCGGGCUGCCGUGACCAACCAAGGCCUCGGCACUGGCUCCACUCUGCUCUCAAGUGCCUUUUUGUUUGUACUGGUUCUACUUGUGUUCCCCUCACAGCCCGCUGUUUCUUGCUGGGGAUGGCCCGCUGACUAGGAAGAGAGUCGCUUAGUGGGAGGCGUCUGGCCAGGAAGGCCAGGGCUGUGAGCUUCGGCCCCGUGGUUUACUCAUCCUGCUUCUCCCGUAGUUGAACUUCGUGUCUCUUGACCCUUUUGUAUAAAGCUGCAAUAUUCUCUCUGAUAGUUCUUUCAUAUGGAAUGUAUUUUCAAAUGUAAACUCUUCUCUCCAGCCUCUCUCUUUCCUUCUCUCUCUCUCUCUCUCUCCAUCUCUCUCCCUCUCUCUCUCCCCUCUCUUGUCUUUUCCCCCUUCUUAGGAUUUAAGGAUUUGCCAUUGUCCAGAAAAGAAACUUGCAGCUUUAACCGGCUGGUAAUGGCAAACACUCUGACUAGAUUUUCUGUUUAAAAACAAUAAAUAAAUAAGGGAAAUUCCUAACUUUGCCCUCCAAAGUCUAACUUUGGCUUUCUUGUUGACUGGCUAAAGUGACAGUAUCUUUUCUCCUUCGGCCAUUUGUUCUUACAGUACAGUCCACAGGAAUUUUAUAUAUAUAGAAAUGUCCACAUUGAAUGGAAAUGACAGUAAGUUGAGGGAAAAAACAAUUGACUUUCAAGAGAGUCUCCAGGGAACAGCUGAAUAAUGUUCUCCAAACAUCCCAAGUAGGACAUUUGAAAGAUGUUCAUUUUCAUAAAUGACCCCGGAGAAAACCUUGAUUCUUGGAUAAGGAGGCAGAGUGUCAGAAAGAACAGAUAAUUGUAAGAAAGACAUUAUGAAUCCUGAUGUCUAGGAUUGAAGUGUUUUAAGAUAAGAAAAGGGAGGAUAAUAAAAAAAAAUUUUUUUUUUAAAAGUCACUUAGUGGCAACACUUUAAAAAAAAAAAAAGAUUUGGAAGAAUGCUUCUAGAAACAUCCAGUGGUUCACAAAGACAGAGCCUGCCGAGGGGCCCACAGGACCUUAGCCUCUAGAGCCACAGGAAAAUCCCUUCUCCUGCAGGCAGCCUGUGAAUGGCCCAGAGCAACACCGGGUGCUUUCUGAGAGUUCGUGUAAUGCCACGUAUUAGUUAAGAACAUUUAGAUCUUUCUCCCGUCUGUGCUGCUCCAAGUCCCACUCAGAUACUCUUUACGGGAGUCACGUUUGCAUUCCCAGAUGGACAGUCCAUUCAUCUUGACUUGAUUGGAUUGAGAAUGCCUUUGAUUUCCAGGAAAGUAUUGAUCACUUUGAAAGAAGAAUAGCUUCUGGGCCCCAGAGGUGUCACAUCCACUUGUUAUAAUCAUACCAGGAUAGAAGCACUAUGACUGGUUGUUUUUGUUUUUUUUUUCUUUUAAAGACAACAGACUUAGAGUUGUCCUCAGCCAAGGAAAAAAUGAUACUGAAACUUUAAAUUUUAAAGUAUCUUGCACUGAUAAAUAUAUUUAAAAAUUAUAUGUUUAUAAAGUUAUUAAUUUGUAAAGGCAGUGUUACAGAAGUGUUCCGUUUAUAUUGUUUUAGAUUGUUUCAUAAUUUUUAAAGGUGUAAAGUAACAUAUUUUUUCUUUAUUGAAAUCUAUAAGACUUUCUGUAGUAAAAAUGUUUUCAUUUUACUGGUAUAGUAUUGCUUCAUGUUUUGUACCAUCAUAAGAUUUUGUGCAAAUUUUUUUUACAGAAAUUUUUAUUUUCUAUGACAAUAUGACACUUGUAAAUUGUUGUUUCAAAACGAACAGCGAAGCCUUAACUUUAAAUGACAUUUGUAUUCUCAGACACUGAGUAGCAUUAAAAAAAAACACGUAGAACUGAAUUGUAACUUAAAUUCCAAACUAUGACUACUACAUUCCAAAGAAACAGUUGAAUUAAACAUUUUGAUAAAA